GCCCAGGUGACGUUCCACGUGGGCGUUCCGGGAAGGGAAGGGAAGCGGCUGGCGGAGGCGAUCUCGGCGGGCGCUUCGCAGCCAUGGCCGGCCGCCACAACAACAAACUGCCCAGCAAUCUGCCGCAGCUGCAGAACCUGAUCAAGCGGGACCCGCCUGCUUACAUCGAGGAGUUUCUUCAGCAAUAUCGACAUUACCAGUCCAAUGUGGAGAUAUUCAAACUGCAGCCAAAUAAGCCCAGUAAAGAACUGGCUGAAUUGGUGAUGUUCAUGGCACAGGUUGGCCAUUGCUAUCGUGAGCAUCUUGCAGACUUUCCACAGCAGCUGAAGGAUCUACUUUCUUACCAUCACACAAUGCUGGAUCCUGAUCUUCGAAUGACUUUUUGCAGAGCCCUGAUCCUCUUGCGAAACAAGAACCUGAUCAACCCCACGAGCCUCCUGGAACUCUUCUUCGAACUCCUCCGCUGUCAUGAUAAAUUUUUACGAAAAACAUUGUACAAUCACAUUGUGACCGACAUCAAGAACAUCAACGCGAAACACAAGAAUAACAAACUGAACACAACGCUUCAGAGCUUUAUGUACACAAUGCUACAGGACAGCAACCCAACUGCAGCCAAGAUCUCUCUGGAUGUGAUGAUAGAGCUCUACAGGAGGAAUAUCUGGAAUGAUGCCAAAACGGUGAACGUCAUCACUACCGCCUGUUUUUCCAAAGUCACCAAGAUACUAGUCGCUGCCUUGAAAUUUUUCCUCGGCAAAGAUGAGGACGAAAAACAAGAGAGCGAUUCGGAUUCUGAGGACGACGGUCCCACGGCGAGAGACUUAAUGGUGCGAUACUCCACCGGAAAGAAGAGCACCAAGAACAAGAAGAAGCUGGAGAAAGCCAUGCGAGUCUUAAAGAAACACAAGAAGAAGAGGAAGCCGGAAGUGUUCAACUUCUCAGCUAUUCAUUUAAUCCAUGACCCACAAGACUUUGCAGAGAAAUUGCUAAAACAGCUGGAGGCCUCCAAAGAAAGAUUCGAAGUGAAGAUGAUGGUGAUGGAACUUAUUUCUAGACUCGUUGGGAUCCAUGAGCUUUUCCUCUUCAACUUCUACCCUUUUGUGCAGAGAUUCCUGCAACCGCAUCAGCGAGAAGUUACCAAGAUUCUGCUUUUCGCAGCACAAGCUUCUCACCAGCUGGUACCGCCGGAGAUUAUCCAGUCAGUGCUGAUGACAAUAGCCAACAACUUUGUCACAGACAAAAAUUCUGGGGAAGCGAUGACUGUGGGGAUUAAUGCUAUCAAAGAAGUGUCGGCGAGAUGCCCGCUUGCCAUGACGGAAGACUUGCUCCAAGACUUGGCGCAGUACAGAUCUCAUAAAGAUAAAAAUGUAAUGAUGUCGGCAAGAACGCUGAUACAGUUGUUCCGGUCGCUGAACCCACAGAUGUUGCAGAAAAAAUUCCGGGGUAAACCGACAGAAGCCACCUCAGAAGCCAAGAUACACGAAUACGGGGAGUUGACGGCCAAAGACUAUAUUCCGGGAGCCGAAGUCCUGGACCUUGAGACCAAGGAGGAAGAUGGAAAACAUGAAGAAGAUAGCUGGGAGAGUGCUAGUUUGAGUGAGGAGGAUGACAACGGAGAAUGGAUUGAUGUGCAUCAUUCCUCGGAUGAGGAACAGCAAGAGCUGGCCGAGAAAGUCAAAAGCAUGCCUGUGGACGAAAGGAAGGCCAAAGCCGCAGCCGUCAGCACCAACAGGCUUCUCACCCAAGAAGAAUUCCAGAAAAUACGCCUUGCCCAGCUAAGCAAAGAACUCAACUCAGCGCAGGGCAAAGCUGUAAAGAGAAAAAAUAUUGAGAUAGACAGCGAAAAUGAAACAAGAGGAGAACUGCUUUCCCUCAGGGACAUUGAACAUUUGCAUAAGAAGCCCAAGUCGGACAAAGAGACGAGACUAGCCACAGCAAUGGCUGGCAAGACAGAUCGCAAAGAAUUUGUGAAAAAGAAAACGAAACUGAAUCCAUUUGCCAGCUCCACGAACAAAGAGAAGAAGAAGCAAAAGAAUUUCAUGAUGAUGAGAUAUAGCCACAACGUCCGGUCCAAAAAUAAGCGGUCGUUCAGGGAGAAGCAGUUGGCUUUGCGAGACAGGCUCCUAAAACAGAGGAAAAGGCUGGUAAAGUAACCGUGAAUGCAACCAGAGAGGAAGACUGUCUUUUGUGUCAUUUAUCAACUUGGCUGUCUGGAAGCCGUCUUCUUGGCUGUCUGGAAGCCGUCAACUUGGCUGUCUCCCCUCUUCUUGUUGAACUGUCUAAGCUCCCAAUGAACAGAAGGCUGAAAACUAUAUCCAGAUAAUUGAACACAGGGACGCUUCUCCUCGCUCGCUACUUUAUGUUUAAAAAUCCCUAAAUGACUAUUUAAAGAAGAUUUUUACAGGCUGGAAAUAUACCUCAAGGAAUGGACUUGCCUUUUCAUUAAAUCGAAUUCAUUUAAAUGCAGCUGGUUGGCAGAUUAGGCCUCUGAUUACCUUGGCAGCAGAACUUCAGCUGUAAAGGUUCUUCCUGAGGAGUAAAUCCUAUGGACUACAGUGGGAGGGACUUCUAAGUAACUCAGCAAAUGUUCUACCUGAAUGUAGAGGAGAGUUGCCAGACUCCUCCCCCAGUGGAGGCAGAGGGUUCCCUGCUGCCAAGUUGUGCCCCUCAGCCGCCGAUCAGCUGACUGGCGGGGGGGGGGGAGACUUCCCAGCAGAAAGAUUAAGGCCCAGGCCACGUGCCAGCAUUGCACAGGAAGUGACAUCACAGAGGAAGUGACAUCAUCACACCAGUGACAUUUGUAUUUGGGCAAAAACUAGGGUAGAAGUCAGUUUUACUGUACAGUUUUGCCCAAAUACUAGAGCACCACCUGAAUGUCACCAGCAUGAUGUCACUUCCUGUGUAGCACUGAUGACAUGGCCUAGGGCUUCCUUUUUUUCCUGGUAAGUCCCCGCCCCGCCAGUUGCCAGAAGGCACCCGGAAACCCUAAUGCAGAGGGAAAGCAAAUACUCUGGUAUCAUUAUAAAAUAUAUUUUAAAUACACUUUUAA